AUGGCGGCGACUGUGGUGGCGUCGCCUGGUGCGGUGGCUAGUCGGGCCAACAAGCGCAGCGGCCCUGGGCCGGGAAGCGGCAGCGGCGCGGGAGCCAAAGGGUCGGAGGAGGAACCGCCGCCGCCCCUACAAGCAGUUCUGGUGGCAGAUAGCUUCAAUCGCCGCUUCUUCCCCAUCUCCAAGGACCAGCCUCGGGUCCUCUUGCCCCUGGCCAAUGUGGCACUAAUUGACUACACUCUGGAAUUUCUGACCGCCACAGGUGUACAGGAAACCUUUGUUUUUUGUUGCUGGAAGGCUGCUCAAAUCAAGGAACAUUUACUGAAAUCCAAGUGGUGCCGCCCUACAUCCCUCAACGUGGUUCGAAUAAUUACAUCAGAAUUAUAUCGAUCACUGGGGGAUGUUCUCCGUGAUGUUGAUGCCAAGGCCUUGGUGCGCUCUGACUUCCUUCUGGUGUAUGGGGAUGUCAUCUCAAACAUCAAUAUUACCAAAGCCCUGGAAGAACACAGAUUGAGGCGGAAGCUAGAAAAAAAUGUAUCUGUGAUGACAAUGAUCUUCAAAGAGUCAUCCCCUAGCCACCCAACUCGUUGCCAUGAGGACAAUGUGGUAGUGGCUGUGGAUAGUGCCACAAACCGGGUUCUCCAUUUCCAGAAGACCCAAGGUCUUCGACGGUUUUCUUUUCCUCUGAGUUUGUUCCAGGGCAGUGGAGAUGGUGUAGAGAUUCGCUAUGAUUUACUGGACUGUCACAUCAGCAUCUGCUCUCCUCAGGUGGCUCAACUCUUUACAGACAACUUUGACUACCAAACUCGAGAUGACUUUGUGCGAGGCCUGUUAGUGAACGAGGAGAUCCUAGGGAACCAGAUCCACAUGCACGUGACAACUAGGGAAUAUGGUGCCCGGGUCUCCAACCUACACAUGUAUGCGGCUGUCUGUGCUGAUGUCAUCCGCCGAUGGGUCUACCCACUCACGCCAGAGGCAAACUUCACUGACAGCACAACCCAGAACUGCACUCAUUCCCGGCAUAACAUUUACCGAGGGCCUGAAGUCAGCCUAGGCCAUGGCAGCGUCCUGGAGGAAAAUGUGCUUCUGGGCUCUGGCACUGUCAUUGGCAGCAAUUGCUCUAUUACCAACAGUGUCAUUGGCCCUGGCUGCCGCAUUGGUGAUAACGUGGUGCUGGACCAGGCCUACCUGUGGCAGGGUGUCCGAGUGGCUGCUGGAGCACAGAUCCAUCAAUCUCUGCUCUGUGAUAAUGCUGAAGUCAAGGAACAAGUUACACUGAAGCCACGCUGUGUCCUUACUUCCCAGGUGGUAGUGGGCCCAGACAUCACGCUGCCUGAGGGCUCGGUGAUCUCUUUGCACCCUCCAGAUGCAGAGGAAGAUGAGGACGAUGGCCAGUUCAGUGACGAUUCUGGGGCUAACCAAGAAAAGGAGAAAGUGAAGCUGAAAGGUUACAAUCCAGCAGAAGUUGGAGUUGCUGGCCAGGGCUACCUGUGGAAAGCUGCAGACAUGAAUGUGGAAGAGGAAGAGGAACUACGGCAGAAUCUAUGGGGACUCACAAUCAAUGUGGAAGAAGAGAGUGAAACUGAGAGUGAGCAGAGUAUGGAUGCUGAGGAGCUAGACAGCCGAACGGGCUCCCCACAGAUGGAUGACUUCAAAGUAUUCCAGAAUGAAGUCCUGGGAACACUACAGCGGGGCAAGGAGGAGAACAUUUCUUGUGACAAUCUAGUCCUAGAGAUCAACUCUCUCAAAUACGCCUACAACAUAAGUCUAAAGGAGGUGAUGCAGGUAUUGAGCCACGUGGUCCUGGAGUUCCCCUUCCAACAGAUGGAUUCCCUGCUGGACCCAAACCGUUACUGCGCCCUACUGCUUCCCCUUCUCAAAGCCUGGAGUCCUGUUUUUAGGAACUACAUAAAGCGUGCAGCUGAUCAUUUGGAAGCAUUGGCAGCCAUUGAGGACUUCUUCCUGGAGCAUGAAGCUCUUAGUACUUCCCUGGCCAAGGUGCUGAUGGCUUUCUACCAGCUAGAGAUCCUGGCUGAGGAAACAAUCCUGAGCUGGUUCAGCCAAAGGGAUAUGACUGAUAAGGGGCAGCAAUUGCGCAAGAACCAACAGCUGCAGAGGUUCAUCCAGUGGCUAAAAGAGGCAGAAGAGGAAUCAUCUGAAGAUGACUGAAGUCACACCGCCUGCUCCUAUGGGUGUGUUGAUAGCCCUCCCGGCUUCUGGACCAGAGCAAAUGGGAGGCUAGUUGCAGAAGGAUGAGUGAUCACCAUCCAAGC